AUGGCGUUGGCCGCACUCAUCUCAGGAGCUGAUGCGCCUCUCCUUUACCCCGUCAUACUAGUCCUCGCCGGCACUCUUACUCUCAUAUUCUCCCUCACCACUUCCAGACCCAAGCUUCACAGCAGCUUUCCAAUUGCGGGGCUGGAGUCUGGAUGGUUUGGACGGCUGGAGAAAGCGCGCCGGAGCUGGUUGCACCGGAGCAAAGAGAUCGUCAACGAGGGCCUGACAAAGUUUCCAGGGUGCUUCCAGGUCGUCACGGCAUCGGGCCCUAAGCUUGUGCUGCCAGGCGAGUUCGCUGACGAGAUCCGGAAUAACCCCCAUCUCAGCUUCCAGCAGGCUGUUUCGAAGGAAUUCUUUGGCACAUUGCCCGGGUUUGAGCCCUUUGGUACGCAUGGUGGAACAGAAAUCGGAGUAGAGAUUGUGAGAGGCAGACUUACUCAAUCACUGAACUAUAUCACCGAAGCCCUAGCACAAGAAACCGCGGCAGCUCUCAAGACUCUAUGCGGCCAGCCUGAAGAAUGGACAGAAAUCCAGUACAAGGACAUGCUGCGCCAGCUCGUCGCACAAGUCUCAGCACGCAUCUUCAUCGGCCCAGAGCUAUCAUCAAACAAAGCCUGGCUCGACGUGAGCGUAAACUACGCAACGCAAGCCUUUUUCGCCGCUGAAGCCCUGCGCCUCUGGCACCCUGCCCUCCGUCCACUCGUCCACUGGGUCCUCCCUGAAUGCCGCAAGCUCAGAAGCGAACUAACCCGGGCCCGACAGAUCCUCGCACCUGUUGUUCGCAAACGCCAGGAGCAAAGUCGGAUGGCGAGAGAGGCUGGCGACGGCUGUCCUUCUUUGAAAGUAGCAGAUACUGUGGGCUGGAUGGACGAGGUAGCCAACGGGAGGGCAUACGAUGCUGGUAUAUUGCAGCUCGGCCUCUCGCUUGCGGCUAUACAUACGACGUCGGAGCUCGUGAGUGGGAUUAUCACGGAUCUUUGCUCCCAUCCCGAGUGGGUUGAACCUCUACGUGAAGAGAUGGCGUCUAUGAUCAAGGCGCAUGGAUGGACGAAGAAGGCACUGCACGAAAUGAAGCUGACGGACAGCAUGAUGAAAGAGACUCAGCGACAUCAUUCUGGGGAUAUCGGAUCAAUGCACCGCGUAGCCACACAGCCGAUAAAACUCUCCAACGGCAGCACAAUCCCAAAAAACAUGUCUAUAAUGGUCGCUCUCAACAAAAUGAAGAUGCUAUCCUCCAACAACAGCAGCAACAGUGAUCCAACAGUAUGGGCAGCCUACAACCCCCGCCGCUUCCUUGACCUCCGCCAACAACCCGGCCAGGCGACAAAAUGGCAGUUCGUGACGACCUCUGCUGACCAUCUCGCCUUUGGACACGGUAGGCACUCCUGUCCGGGACGGUUCUUUGCCGCGAACGAGAUCAAGGUUAUUUUGACUUACCUGUUGCUUGGGUUUGAGUGGAGCUUUACGGCUGAGAGCCCGAGGGGGGAUAUUGUCCAUGCGAAGGCGUUGAUUAGGGUUAGGGAGCAGGAUGUUUUGAUUUGA